UUAAAAAAAAAAAAAGGAAAAUGAUUUCUUUGUUUUGAAACAGAAGAGAAGUAGCUACUACUACACUCAAUAUGGUCUCUUGCUCUCCCUUCAAAUCCACUCCCAAUAUAUAAAUAGAAAUAUAUAUUUAAAAUACGAAAACACCAACAAACCCAGAAUUCAGAUUAAUUAAAAAAAGGAAAAAAGCCAAUAAAGUUGAAGGCCACCGAGGUUAUUUUCGUCAUUUUCCAACUAACAUCUCUCCCCAAAGCCUCCCUCCUCUUUCCCCUUUUUUUUUUCUCCUUCUGCAAAUCUUUCUUUAAUCUCUUAAAUCUAUACUACUUAUAUUAGUAGAUACAACGGCUGUGCGUUUCUCCGCCAUUUUUGUCCAAAUCCUAAGCUCACUCUAAGACUCCAUACUUGCGAAGUAGAAGAAGAAUAAAGAAGGGAAGUAGCAACAAACUUAAGCCAAAAAGGAAAGAGAUGGAGAGGAGCACUCCGGUUAGGAAGCCCCACACAUCCACCGCAGAUCUGCUUACUUGGUCUGAAACUCCACCGGCUGAAUCUCCCGCCGUCGCCUCCGCUGCAUCUCGUUCCGGCGCUCGUUCUCACCAGCCUUCGGAUGGGAUCAGCAAGGUGGUUUUUGGAGGUCAAGUGACGGAGGAGGAGUUUCAAAGUUUAAACAAACGGAAACCUUGUUCAGGGUAUAAAAUGAAAGAGAUGACUGGUAGUGGAAUAUUUGUAGGCGAUGGAGAAGAUGAGGAAGCAGAAGCUGGUAAUGCCAGUGCUACCCCAAAUAACAAAACUGGAAUACGUAUGUACCAGCAAGCGAUGGCUGGAAUUAGUCACAUUUCAUUCGCUGAAGAUGAUAAUGUUUCUCCCAAAAAGCCUGUAUCACUUCCUGAGGUGGCCAAGCAGCGCGAGCUGAGUGGAACCUUGGAAAGUGAGGAUGCAAAUUUGAAGAAGCAGCUUUCAGAUGCUAAAUGCAAGGAGCUUAGUGGACACGACAUCUUUGCACCCCCUCCUGAAAUUUUGCCGAGGCCUACUACUGCGCGCACCCUGGAUUUGAGAGGACACAUAGAUAUUGGAGAAUCUGCUUCACCUGAUCCCGCUGGAGGUCAGAGCACUGUAGUUUCUGCUGAUGAACCACUGAAAACGGCGAAGAAGAUAUACGACAAGAAAUUUAAUGAGCUCUCAGGGAAUGACAUAUUCAAGGGGGAUGCUGCCCCAUCGUCUGCUGAAAAAUCACUAAGCGUGGCAAAACUGCGGGAAAUUAGUGGAAAUGAUAUCUUUGCUGAUGGGAAGGUAGAGUCUCGAGACUACCUUGGUGGCGUACGCAAACCCCCGGGUGGUGAGAGUAGCAUCGCCUUGGUUUAACUUUGUUUUAGGUGGUGGUCUAACAACUGGGGUUGUAUUUUUCAAUCCUUUGGUUUGUUUUCUUCGCAUAGUGGGGAUGUGUUAUUAUAUAAUUAUUGUUAUUAUUACAAUUAUUAUUUGACCUUUGUAUUUUGGGUUUUGGGAGGAAUUUAUUGUUUUAGGUUUUAACGUGUCGUCGGCCGGAGCUAUAUGGAGUAUGGACUAUUACAUCUGCUAAUUGGGUUGUAUGUCCAUAAUUGUUUUUUUUUUCUUUUUCUCUGCGUGUCUUAAUCGAAUGCUUGGGCUGUCUAUUUACGAGGUUUAUUAUUUUCUUGGCCUUUAUUAUUAUUUGAAGUAAAACGGCUAAAAUAUAUUGGGGCUUUUUACGCAA